AUGGACUACCGUGGAUACCAUUGCAAUACAAAAGUGCAUUGUCAGGCAGGCAUCCCAGUGGGCAUCGAGGAGUGGAGGGGCUCCCUCUGCGAAGGCCCCCGCCCUUGCUCCGCCCUGCCUCCAGGGCCGGCUCCUCGGGAGGCGCCCUCCCUCUCUCCCUCCGACGAGCCCCACCCCCUGGAGAUCGGCUCGGGCAUAAAGGGCCCCUCGAGGCCCUCCUCGGCGUCAGGGAUGGGCUUCGACGACUACUACGUCUACCCUUCGGGGCAGAGGGACGCGGCGGCCCAUUACCCCGAGGGCUUCCCCGCUCGGGAGUCUCUGGGAGGAGGAGGACGAGGCGGCGGUGAGGAGGAGGACGAGAAGGAGCCCCGCAGCCAGCCAGAUGAUUCUCCACAUUCCUACAGUUCUGGCAUCCAUACUCUCUACACUCCAGACUCAGCCACCAGUCCCAAUGGGCCCCCUUCCCCGCAGUCAACAUCUCAGAAGCUCAAGGGAGAAAAAGGGAAAAAGACCCGGGCAGCAUUCACUCAAAAGCAGCUCCAGAUCCUCCACCACAGAUUCCAGAACCAGAAAUACCUCAGUCCGCAACAGAUCCGAGAAUUGGCCUCUGCCUUGGAACUCACCUACAAGCAGAUAAAAACGUGGUUUCAGAAUCAACGGAUGAAGUUUAAACGAACCCAGAAGGAAAGUCUGUGGAUGAGAAAAGGGAUGUGCCCACCUCAGAAUGGUUUCCUGCAGAUGAAUCCUAAUUAUCAGCAAGGUUAUGGCGUUGGUGAAUCAAGGAACAUCCAUGCCUUGGCUGGCGUGCAUGAGAACUUUGCAAGCAACCAGCUCUACGCCAAUAACCAAAACUACACCAGUGACCACCAGAUCUAUGGUAACCCCCAGAACUUUUAUCAGAUUGCGAGUGGUGAGGAUGGGAGCUUUUUUGGGAAAGCUGCUGGGGUCUCUUUCAACCAACAGGCAGUGGGCUUCAAUGGCCAACAGGCAGUGGGCUACAUCAGUCAACAAAAGAUUAACUUUUUUCAUGGCCUCCCUGCAAACAUGGAAUAUGCUCCUGUGAAGACAGAAGAUGGCUAUCCUUUCCCAAAUGUCUCCGCCACUGAAGGAGGAUCAUUUCCAAGCACCUCUGGCUUCCAGAUCUACCAGUUACCAUUGCAAACUCAAGGAGUGCAGAGCAACUGUCCAUCUUAAGCAUUUACUCCUUAUGUGGUGUCACUUUUUAUUGUUGUAGUUCUGUUUCUGCCUUCUCCCUUACUGCUUUCUUCAACACCAGAUCAAGCAUCUAGUCCCACCUCCUUGACCAGUCAGUUUCUCACAUGGAAAAUGGCAUAUCUGAA